AUGUCACGACAUCCUCCACUUGUCACCAAAAAGGAGAUCAUCUACCGUCGGAGCUUCAUUGACGAUCAUAAUGAUCGUUUUGAAAAUGUGAUGAGAAACCCAACUGCUCAUCCACCAAGAGACCCAAGACCUGAACGCCCACAGAAUGUCACUGUGAGCCAUAACUACCACGGUGACUUCGAAUCAGAGUUCCAACUCUCAAAAAUCAACAAAAAGUUGGACGGUAUCAUCGAAAUUCUUCGCAGUCCAUCGACCAAGAAAAAUGGCGUUGAGCGUGUCAUUGUUGACGCCGGACGGCAAGAGCAAACUCGUCAAUACAAGGAUAUUUGCGAACGGCUUGACAAGUUGGAGACCGAGUUGACUGGAAAAACACACUAUGCUCCACUUCAAAACGAAAUUCUUGCCUUGACAAACAAAGUGCAUCAGCUGGCCCAAAUUCAAGAAGACUUGAAGGAGAAACUCAUUGCAAGCAAUAUUGCCGGGGAUGAUAUCGACGAGUUGCUAAAAGUCAUUAACGAGACCCGACGUGAUAUGGAAGAGAAAAUUGGAAAUAUCAAGCAAUUGAGCGAUGGUAAUUACAUACAUUUGGAGGAUAAGCUUGACGGAUAUCUUCGCAACCAACAUGGUAUACAAUCUCAAGUCGACCACCUCAUGCAACUUCUCACCCAUAGUUCUCGUCCCGCAUCCGUAGUUGCUUCCCGUCCAGCUUCAGCUGCUGAUAAGAAUGGAAGUGUAUCUCGAUCAUCAUCCAAGAGUUCCAACUUGAAAGCAAAUCUUGUUGUUCCAACGCGUCGCUCUCCACCACCAAAAACCCCAAGUGAAGUUAGUUACACUUCAACUCACCCAAGAUCUGAGCAUUCUGCAUCUCAUAAGUCUGCCAGUACAGUUACGUCUUCAACUACCAUCACUACAUUGAAUAGUUCCAAGAAAAGCUCUCGUCCAGUUGACGCGCCAAAGAAACCGGAAAGAAGCCAUACGUUGGAAAUUUUGGAGAAAACCAAAAGCAUUGAAACAUUGAAUGCUAUUCAUACUGCCCAAAACAUGGAAAUCGAGUCUUCAUCAUCUGGAAGUUACAUCGCACCUUUGAAAAUCGACGAACGCAGAAACUCGCAGCCAGCUACCGUCUUUCACACCAAGAAAUACUAG